AAAAAAUGUCAAAAUCGAUUUUGGCAUAUAUAGUGACAUCGUCGUCAUCCUUCAAAAAUAUCGGCAGAAAAUUAUACGCGAAUCAACGAAAAAUGCAACAACUUCACUGCUGCGCCCCGCAAAAAUUCAAACCUGUGACCCACGUCAUUUUCGAUUUGGACGGCACGAUUCUAGACACGGAGGGCAUUUAUAUGUCGGCGAUUGCUGAAAUAGGUGCCGAGUAUGGAAAAAAAUUUACCGACGCUCUGAGGAACCAAGUAGCAGGAUCCAAGGAGCAGGAUACUGCUUCAAUAGUGGUCCGAGAGAUGGGAUUGCCGAUGUCUUGGGAAGAGUUUUUGAAGGCAUUCAGAGCAAAGUGCGACAGUCAGUUGCCGGAUGCAGAGUUCCUGCCAGGCGUGGUCAAGAUGAUAAAACAUCUCCAUAGUCAUAAUAUUCCGAUUGCGGUGGCAACUUCAUCGCCCCAGGACGCUGUCGACUUGAAAUCUACCAACAAAAAAAACAUUUUCGAUCUGUUCAGCCAUAUAGUUUGCGGGAGCUCCGAUCCAGAAGUCAAACAGGGAAAACCCGCCCCGGAUAUAUUUCUAAUAUGCGCUUCAAGGUUUCCUGAUAAACCAGACCCCUCGAAAUGCCUCGUAUUUGAAGAUGCCAUCAAUGGCGUGCAAGGAGCUCUGAAGGCGGGUAUGCAGGUUGUCAUGAUCCCCGACAAAAGUGUGAGCUACGAAUUCUGGAAAGACGCCACUCUGAGACUGGACAGUAUGGAAUCGAUGGUACCAGAGUUUUUCGGGUUGCCACCCUUCGACAAAAAUAAUUCAGACGCCUCAUUUGACUCUACAAACGUGACUAAAAUGAACACAACAGAAGAGUGAUUUAAAAAUAGUAUUAAAAUCAUAUCGUUUCAAUUUGGUCAGUUUUCUAACGGUCUAAUUAGACAUUUUCACACCUGAGUACAUCAGAUUAUUGAUGAAAAUAUGUUUCAUUGAUAUAAAAGACAAAUAUUCAAUAUAUACUAUAAUUAUCACGAAUAAAAAA